CCUCUCAAAGAAAGCUCCAAAUCAAAGCAGUGGCAAAAAUAGUCAUUUUCUGACUGGUUGGUACAACUCAACACAAGACAGAAGAAGAAGGUGAAUAAUGUGGUAUGUACCCAUAGAGAUGUAGUUAGUAUACAUCUCUAUGUAUGUACCGUACCGGUAUCGCACUACACUGAGCUGGCGCAAUUCCGCAAUUUAAUGUGGAGAUUGCAUCAUCAGUUUCAAGAUGGCAGCGCCCAUGGAGCACACGAGCAGCACAAGUUCCGAGCAGAAACAGAGUAAAAAAAGACCAUGCAGAGCAUGUACCGACUUCAGAAGUUUUGCUAAAGAUAAGGGAGUGAUGUUACCGCCAGGUUUUCCAGUUCCAAAUGGAUCCAACUCUCAGGGGACCAUUCCUGCUCAGGGUGAGAGGACGGACCGAGAAUGUCCGUUAGACCGUGAAGAGCUUGGUCGGAACACCUGGUCCUUCUUGCACACCAUGGCGGCUUACUAUCCAGACCAACCAACUCAGACGCAGCAGUCGGAAAUGACACAAUUUAUUAAUCUCUUCUCAAAGUUUUACCCGUGUGAAGACUGUGCAGAGGACCUCAGGGGAAAAUUAAAGACAAACCAACCAGAUACGAGUACAAGGCAAAACCUCUCACAGUGGUUCUGUAGGCUUCAUAAUGACGUCAGUAGGAGAUUGGAAAAGCCUAUUUUUGAUUGCUCAAAGAUUGAUGAACGAUGGUUGGACGGAUGGAAGGACGGGUCAUGUGACUGGUGACAUCGUUGUUUUGAUGGACCGAUGGAAUUACAAGAUACCACCUCUCAUAAUGGUUUUGUAGGCUUCAUAGUGACGUUUGUAGGUUGAAAAAGGCCGCCUUUUGAUUGCUCAAAGAUUGAUGAACGAUGGAUGGAAGGAUGGGUCAUGUGACUAGUGAUAUUGUCGUUUCGAUGGACCAUUGGAAUUACAAGACACGACAACCUUUCGUAAUGACAUUAUUAGGGGAUUGAAAAAGCCUAUUUUUGACUGCUCAAAGAUUGAUGAAUGAUGGUUGGAUGGAUGAAAGGACAGGUCAUGUGACUGGUGACAUCGUUUUGAUGGACCAAUGGAAUUACAAGACACAAUCUGUUGUAAUGGUUCUAAGGCUUGACAAUAAUGUUAGUAGAAGGUUGGAAAGUCUAUUUUCGACUGCUCAAGCAUUGAUGAACGAUGGUUGGAUGAAGGGACGGGUCAUGUGACUUGCGACAUCGUUUUGAUGGACCAAAGGAAUUGCAAGACACAAUCUGUUGUAAUGGUUCUGAUGACUUGACAACAACAUUAGUAGGGUCAUGUGACUGAUGACAUCAUUGUUUUUAUGGACCAAUAUAAUCGAAUCGAAUAAUCAUGUACUCUUGGAUGUGCCAGAAAGUGGACAAUAUAAGAUCAAAUGAUUUAGACAAUGAAAUGUAGGAAGCUAUUCAACUUCUCAUAUUAAUGGAGAAUUUUUUUCAAGAGAAAUAUAGGAAAAUCAAAUGUACAAGUAUUUCUGGCCAUUGAGUAGAAUUGAGAAACUUCCUAAAAAUUUGUAAAGUUGAAUGCACUAAAUACCAAUGUUUGCCCUAAAUUUUUGAACUCCCGCACUCUUGUGCACAGGAGUGAAUCUAAUUGGCUACACACAAAUUGGUGCCCUGACCGUAUUACAGCCAUUAAAAAAAAAUCAUAAUUUGAUUAAGGGCAUUUGAAAACAAUCUGUCUCCAUAAAUAUCAUGGAUUGAAUUUGGAAGCUCACAAAAAUCUGAUGUCCGGGGUAAAAAUAAAUCUGUAAAAGGCUAAAAGACAUUGUUUGGAUGUAUUAAGCACUAAAUAAAAGCGAAAUUUUGAUUUAUUAUUACUACUAAUUUCAUUGUCCAUUCAUGCAAUAUCUGUUUGGUCCCAUUUUCUCUCCAACCAGUGUAUUGUACGACUAUUCUGUUCAAACCUUAUAAUGGCAAAAGGACAAUAGAGGAAUUAGCCUUAUUUUUAGACCCACUGGUCAGUCACCCGGUGGAUGUAAGUAACCAUGAUCACGACUUAAUGUUCCAUCUUGAUGGCAAGGUUAACAUCCUGUCUAAAAACAAUUAGUCUACAUGUACAUGUGCUACUAAGAUUGUCUAUCAUCAUCUAUAUAGAGCGUUCUAGCCAUACAUUAAGAACACAUAUUUUGGUCUGUAUCAAUUGCUCGUGCAAUAUCAGAGCGUAUCCCUAAAACAGGACUGAAAAAUCCGACGAAUAUCCCAUAGGCUCCUGUACAAUAUUUGCUAUCGAAUACGAGAGCAUAUUCAACAGUUUAAGGUGCGUGCGCAAAUGUGUGAAAUAUAAACGUGUACAAGAAUGAAAGCAAUGCAAAGCACAGCAUAGAGCACAACUACGCUCAAUGGCGUCAUAAUGAACUACAGUGUACAUGCAAGUCGCAUGUUAUUGACCAAAAUUGAUUCUAUGAAGUGAUAAUGGCAUAAUGUGAUAAGUGAUAUGACUUCUUAAAUCACAUUUCUCCCUCUUUUUGGGGGAGGGAGGUGGGAUAGAUGAUAAUUAUAUUGGAUGGCUUUACAUGUAUUUCAGAAAUAUUCCACUCAUUAGGGCCAAUAUUCCACGAAUUGCAGAUUCGUGGAAUAUUUCUGGUAUACCAUUCUGGGCCAUCCAAUAUAAUAUAAAUGCCACAUGGGCUGAACCCAUUUGAUCAAUUUGGUCUCAUUGUCACUUGGUCUAAGACUCACUUUGGGCUGUCAUUUAGUCUGAUUCCCAGGCGGUCUAAUUUCGACUUUGUCUCACCUUUUUGUUCUUUGUAAACUGAAAAUUAGUUCAUGAACAGUUCACCUGUUACAAUCAUGUUGACUAAAUGUAAGUGGUGUUGGACAGAAUGUGUCUACAAUGAUCAAAAUGGGAAUUGCCUGUAUGGGUAUUAGACAAAA